UAUGCAAUGUCAAUGAGUCAAUUGUUAUUCUUUCAAGUAACCACAUUAUUAUUACUUUUUUAACAAUUGAAUUGACGACACUUUGACGUUUUGGGUAGGUACUCCAUUUUAAAAGCCUUUGCGUCAGUGUUGGUCAAAUUGUUGCGUAAUUCUCAUCCAUAAUAAAUUAGGUCGAGGUUACUAAACUAAACUAAACUUGACAGUUUUCCCAAAUUUCGCGCUGCUCUCUGUUUUGUAAAGAAUGCGAUCUCCUCCACAAACUCGAGAAUCUCACAUCAUCCUGCGUAAUGUUUGAACACGGACCAAGGUGCGAUUGUAGUUUGUCGCUGCGAAUUUGGGCACGUGAUAAGUUAGUCACAUGCACAAUUUUACCGCGAAAUGAUGUUUUACGUCCCGCAUUUUCCGAUCGUGUUCUAAUUUCCAAACACUUUGCGUCAGCUACGCGCCUACCUUUUCUUUUUUGGGGAUCGCACGCGGGCGCUCAAAAUCGACAAAAUUUUGAGGUUAAGUACGAUUCGUUCGCGCGUCAUUUUGAGCCGUACAGGGUGGCCCGAAUCGCAUUCGGUUGUUUUUCGAUAUGGACUUCGUCAUCGGCGGAAUGGCGGCCUGUGGCGCUUCCGUGUUUAGCAAUCCCCUGGACGUACUCAAGACGCGCAUGCAACUACAGGGCGAGCUCAAAGCCAGGGGCAAACACGCGCUAGUCUACCGCAACGUGUUCCACGCGGCAUACGUGGUGGCCAAAAAUGAGGGCCUGGGGGGCCUACAGAAGGGCCUCGGGGUCGCCAUGUUCCUCCACGGAUCAAGAAAUAGUAUUCGAUUAGGCACGUAUCAGUAUCUAAACAGGAGGGGUUUUCUGACCGACGCCAACGGCAAAGUGGUGUUCCACAAGUGCGCCCUCGGUAGCGCCUUUUCCGGAGGUUUGGGCGCGUUCUGUGCGAGCCCUUUGUUCCUCAUCAAGACGCAGAUCCAGUCCCAAGCAGCAGAGGGCAUAGCCGUAGGCCACCAGCACAGCCAUCGCAACGCCGUCGCGGCCAUUGGAGCGAUUUACUCUAGGGAUGGGAUAAAGGGCCUUUGGAGGGGGGCAAACGCGACGGUACUGAGGGCCCUGGUGGGCUCCUCGGUUCAACUGACCAGUUUCGCCAUGUUUAAGGAUUCCCUCAGGGAACUGCAAAUCUUUCAAGCGAAUCCGCUAUUAACGUCGCUAGUGUCUAGUUUAGUGAGCGGCGCUUUUCAGACCAUUGCCAUGAACCCUUUCGAUGUGGUCUCGACGCGCCUUUACAACCAAGGCGUCAAUUCGCAGGGUAAGGGACUGCUCUACGACGGUCUCUUGGACUGUUUCUUUAAAAUUUGGCAAACGGAAGGUGUCUAUGGAUUUUACAAGGGAACGAUCGCCAACUACAUGAGGCUGGGGCCGCAUUCGGUGGUCAUUUUGGUCCUUUGGGACGUCCUCAAGGAUCUGCAGAAUCGAUACCUCGACGCACAGGACAUAUGACGCAUUUAAAUAUUUAAAGCUUAUUUAUUAAAUUAUUUGU